CACAGGCGACAGCAUUUAACUAGCGUGCGUCACCUCCCGUCCUCCUCCUCCUUCCAGCCGUUAGAGCAGCACCCCCGCCCCCACCCGCGGCGUCCUCCUCCUCCUCCUCGCCAACGCCGCCGCACUAAAGCCGGGCGGAUUAAAUUCCAGGGCGGAAGGGUCCUCACCUCCAUCACGAUCCGUCUCCGCUCCGCCGCCUUCCUCGGCGAGGAUCAGAUAGAUAUCUGUACAUUCCUGCUCUGCUGAGGCUGGCUAGGUAGGUGGUAACAGCAGCAAGAAGCAACAAUGGCUGCUGAUGUUGGGCUACGAUUCAACGGCUGGUCAUACUCAGAUUUGCCUUACAACGAACACAAUGCACAGGAUUCUUCAGUUCAGGAAAUGGUGCUCAAUCAUGGCUCAGUGUCAUUUGGUAGAUUUGCUGCAGAAUCAUUGUCAUGGGAAAAAAGGUCAGUGUUUGAACAUAACAGACGCAAAGAGGAACUAAGCAAGCUCACAGCCCCUGGCUUGGUUGCACAAAAGAAGGCGUUCUUUGAAGAAUACUACAAGAGGGCCAGGCAUCUCAAGGCUCAGGGGGGACUGCAUCAGACUGGAGCCACAAUGGAGGAGAACGGUGACAGUACUCUUGGCAAUAGCAGCCAAGCAGAUGAAGCAGCUAUGUCUGAAGAUCCAGUAUCCUGUGCUCCAAGUUCUACCAGUUUUGAGCCUUCCACUGAAGUUGGCUCAUCAAAUGAGAGCAAAUGCCAAGAUGCUCAUGACCUCGGGUACUUGACAUUUAAUCCUUUAUUUUCUCAGACAUCAUGCUUGCCAAACAUUCAAGAGGAGAAGUCUAGCCCUGGUCAAAAGCUUGGAUCAAGGAUUGUCUUAGCAAGUCUACAAUCAGAAUAUCUCAAAGUUGAUCCUGAGAAGAGUGGGGCAAGCAAAAAUGUACCUAUUAUUAAUAGGUCAAGAAAGGUAUCAAAGGACCUGCCAACUUCUGUUAUCAACAUCCCCAGGGUAGAUUUAAGAAGGAAUUCAGAAAACAGACCCUCUCGAGACUUUAAGGAUCCAUUCCACAAGAGAGUUGAGAUGAAAUUGCGUGCUUUAUCUGAUAGGAUGGAUGCUGAUAGAACUGCGGCCUCUACUAGAUCAGCUUCUUACCAACCUCCCGAGAGAGCUAUGACUUCAUCUAGAUCUGCAUAUCAAGAUAGACCAGCAAUGUCUUCUAGAUCCAGUGCGUGUCAGAACACCAGUAGAGCACCUUGUAAAUUAGCUGCUCAAGCUUCUCAUAAAUAUCUUAAAGUUGUGAAGGGUUCAGAUGCCAAACCCCAUGGAAUUUACGUUAAUAAAGGAUCAAGUGCUUCUCUUGUUGCUUCUAGAAACAGUACUGCAACUGGGAAGUCGCCUGCAAAGAUCUUGGUGGUGCCCAGUUCAUCUCAAGCUAGUGCAAAAACUUCCAGGACUGCUCAGGUUACAUCGAAAAGAACAGCAGUACCUACCAGUGUAAACAAUGUGUCACAGAAUAAAAGGAAGCACACACUCGUGGCAUUGGAUGAAAAAUACCCAAAGAGAGAAUAUGUGCGCAGAUCUGCACCUCCAAGUGCAAGAAGCAGCUCCGAGAAUCUCCCUCGUGCUGCAAAGGCACCUAAGAUUUCAAAUGUGACAAAUCCGGUGUCCAAGACUGAAGUUGUGCAGAAUUCAAGGUCAUCAAGUAAUCUUAUUGGAGGAAGAAAUAUGUUGACAAAGCGCUCUGCAAACUGCAAUGAAGAAAACAGAAAGGUGAUCCGUUCGCACACAGGAGACCUGGCUAAACCAAGCAUGAGGAGCAAUCUGAAGGGUGGUCCAUCACUGACUAAGAACAAGCCACGGCAAGAGAGGCCACGAUGGCGAUGAUUGCCGAUCUUUUGCAGGCAAGAGAGGCUACGAAGGCCAUGGUUGCAGCCGGAAACCGUUGGUGCACUUGGCGGCGUCGAACUGGACAAGAGCAUCGUUUUGUUUGGAUCACCUGGAGCCUCAAACUUCUCGUUAGCUUUGCAACACAAAAUUGGGACAAAACCCUCGUGCCGGCCAUUACGGGCAAUCAAAAGAAGCUCAGUUCAUAGAGAUGCGCAGUGGCUGGCUGUUUGCUGUUGUACGUGAAUCUAGAGUAGAUCCCCUCGGUGUUGGAAGCGUUGUCGUCACUGUUGUAAUCCAACAACAGUCACAAGAGAAUAUAAUAGUGCAAUGGAUUCUUCUUUUUCA